CUCUCGCUUCCUCCACUGCCUUCCCUGGCGUAGUUCCACCAGGAUGGCCAACCCGUCUUCUCUGGCACCUUCCCGGGGACACCUCUCACCUGCCCUCGCCCUCAAGAAUCAGCUGCCUGUGCCCUGCUGAACCUUGAUGGCCACAGCCUCAGGCCCUGCUAGCAUUGCCAUGGGCAGCGUAGGCAGCCUGUUGGAACGGCAGGACUUUUCCCCCGAAGAACUUCGGGCUGCACUUGCUGGAUCCCGGGGCACCCGGCAGCCUGAUGGGCUCCUCCGGAAAGGCUUGGGUCAGCGCGAACUCUUCAGCUACCUGCAUCUCCCCAAGAAAGACAGCAAGAACAGCAAGCGAGCACCUCGGAAUGAGCCCGACUAUGCCACCCUCUACUACCGGGAACAUCCUCGGGCUGGUGACUUCAGCAAGACUUCCCUACCUGAGCGGGGUCGCUUUGACAAGUGCCGAAUUCGUCCGUCAGUGUUCAAGCCUCCUGUGGGCAGUGGGAAAGGCUUCCUGUCCAUGCAAAGCCUGGCGGCGCACAAGGGCCAGAAGUUAUGGCGAAGUAAUGGCAGUCUGCACACAUUGGCCUGCCACCCACCCCUGAGUCCUGGGCCCCGGGCCAGUGAGGCCCGUGCACAGUUGCUUCACGCCCUCAGCCUAGAUGAAGGUGGUCCUGAGCCCAGCCUUUCAGACUCUUCCAGCGGGGGUAGUUUUGGCCAUAGUCCAGGCACUGGCCCCAGCCCCUUCAGCUCCUCCUUAGGCCACAUUAAUCACAUUGGAGGCUCAUUGGACCGUGCUUCAAGGAGCCCCAAGGAAUCUGGACCUCUGGCUGUACUGAGCUGCCUGCCUGAGCCACCUCCCCCCUAUGAGCUCUCCUGCACCACUGGUGGAGAGGUAGCCAUGUUGCCUGAGACCUGUGAGGAACUCAAGAGGGACCUCAAUGACCAGGAUGUCUCUAACCCCUUUACUCAGCAGGUGCUAGAGGAGCGCCAGCGGUUGUGGUUGUCUGAGCUGAAGCGCCUGUAUGUGGAACGGCUGCAUGAGGUGGCCCAGAAAGCUGAGCGGAGUGGAGUCCUCCAAAAUCUGACACUACCAAGUGUGCUGACAGCAGGCACGCUAUGAGAAGAUACCCUGAGAUGGCAGGCUCCUCCCUUGCGCUGGUCUGAGGCAGAACCUGUAGAGGCCAGUUCAGGGAUGGGAGACCCACCCAGAGGAGGGAACCAGCAGGCAAUGGGCUGGAUGGGAUGCCUGCUUCAGAAGCUAUGGCAAAGUCUUGCUGGCAGAGAAACAGACCCAGGCAGGGCCUAGCCCUGCUCCCUACAGUGGGUGUGGCCCAGUAAAGUAGGUUGGAGCCAUCGAAGCCCCAGCCUCGGGAUGCAGAAGGGCAGGAGCGAGGGCGGGUGGUUGGAGACUUGGCCUGAGGUCUUCCUCCGUGGAAGGAGCCAGGGGUGGGAAGACAGGCCUCCAGAAUAAAAGCACAUUUUUUAUGAGGAG